AUGGGUUGGCAAGUGUAUAUCGACGGGAGCCUUGUCGGCUCCGGCUGUUUUGACAAAGCUGCCAUCAUCAGUGCGGCGGGGGAUUCCAGUGAUGACAGUCCCGCAAAGGAUGAGGUCUUUGCAAGGGGACUGCGCAUUGACGGGGACAAUUAUUACCCAGUGCAUAUUGCGGACAACGAGCCUAUAUUGGCACAUUCUAGAGAUUCGGGUGUCGUUGUUGCUAAAACCAAGCAGGCCAUUAUUAUCGGCCAUUUCGGCAAGGGAAUGGACUCCAAAAACGCCCUAAGGACUGUCGAUUGCCUUGCGGACUAUUUGACGCAGCAAGGCCACUAG